AUGUACUACUUUUGUUUCAGGCUUCUCAGCCUCGAUGUCUCCGCGCUCGAGGACGUGUAUUGGCUGGAAGACACGAGGGCACGCCACGUGCUUGAGCCGAAGGACUUCGGCGCUUGGUCAGCCGCUCGUCAAAGUCUCCCCACUGGCAAAGACGCGCUGCAAACUCUUAAAUCAGAGCUCUGGAGUGCUGUUGUGAAGAAUAGCAAGCACCAAGAUGCUUGGACUUGGGGUGGCAUGCUGGUCGUGUCAGUAUCGGUUUGUGGGCUGGUGACACUCGCGGCGAUGACGCAGCCAUCGUUGGCCCCUGAGGCUAAGCAUUCGUUGCUGCAGUACGUCACCGGGAAAUAUCUUCACCCUCCCAGUUGUAAGGUGGAAUGGGGAUGGCAGGAGCCCCAGGCGGUAGGCGAAACGAUGUGCUUUACAGUGCAUUGUUUUCAACGCAACGGGCAGCCAUACCCCAUAUGUGACACAGACGAAUUAACGGUUUCCAUAUCACAUGGCACCAGGAAGGUAACUGCGGUUAUAGAAUUAGGAUCUGGUGACCCUGCACAAGCGAAUACGGCACGCGUCAAAUUUACUGUGAGAACAGCCGGCAUCUACAUCAUAUCUAUCAUGAUAGGCGGCGUGUCGGUGUGCGGCGCGCCGUUCCGCAAGUGGUUCAGCGCGGGGCGCGUGGAGGCGCGGCGCUCGCGCGUGGGGCGCGCGCACGCCGCGCUCGUGUUCGCCGCCGGGCACGCGCGCGCGCUGCACGUGCACCCGCGCGACCAGUACGACAACCCCGCGCCGCUGCAGCCCGCCGACCAGAACCCGCCGAGGGGCUUCUCCAUCAAACUCAAUCUCCUCGGCAGUGAAGUGGAUGAGGCCUUGUGUUCGUCAGCUACGUUCUCGUACGACAAUGUAAACCAGCGCGUGAUACUUACCCUGUGCUUCGAACGGGCCGGAGUGUACCGGGCCGCGGUCUUUUACGACGAUGUGUUAUUGCAUAACGGGGAAUUCGAUUGCAUCGUACUUACAGCGAGCGACACGGCGACAGUGCAGCGCAACAUCUCGUCGAAGCGCCACAACAUCUGCUACGAGGCGCGGCUGGUGUCGGGCAAGCCGCGCCGCGUGCUGUGCUGCAUCAGCCCCAAGCAGCUCACGCUCAAGGACUAUAUCUUCAAGUUUAUACCCAAAAGGAUUACCAGUUUCCGCCUGUGCCCUUCUACCAAGUUAAUCCUGAAGCCUUGCGGCGGGGAGUUCACCCUGGAGGACGGCGUGCAGCCGCAGCUGGAGCUGGUGUCCGCCGAGCGGGACCUUAUCGCCGCCACCUUCACUCAGCUGCUCAUCGCCAACUGCGGGGGGGAAGACACCUUUAAGAACAAACAAGACUUUUUCUACAGUGAAAUUCGCAAGGCACACUCUCGUCACCCACACGAGAAGUUGGCCAUCAGGGUUUUGCGCUCGGAGCUGGUGCGGAGUAGCCUCAAGGCCACCAGGCACUUCACGAUGGCGGAUUGGUGCAAAAAUUUCGAUGUCACCUUCCAGGGAGAACAAGGAGUGGACUGGGGUGGCGUACGCCGCGAGUGGUUCUCUCUACUGUGUGGUCAGCUGUUCGAUGCCAAGUUUGGACUUUUUGUGUCUUUCCACGACUCACCUACCGGUCUUGUACAUCCAAACCCUGAUCGACCACCACAUUUGAAGCUGAAGCACUUCGAGCUGGCGGGCAAGCUGGUGGGCAAGUGUCUGUACGAGAGCGCGCUGGGCGGGUCGUACCGCCAGCUCGUGCGCGCGCGCCUCACGCGCUCCUUCCUCGCGCAGAUCAUCGGCCUGCGCGUGCACUACAAGGUACUCACGUUACACUCACGCGCUCCUUCCUCGCGCAGAUCAUCGGCCUGCGCGUGCACUACAAGGUACUCACGUUACACUCACGCGCUCCUUCCUCGCGCAGAUCAUCGGCCUGCGCGUGCACUACAAGGUACUCACGUUACACUCACGCGCUCCUUCCUCGCGCAGAUCAUCGGCCUGCGCGUGCACUACAAGGUACUCACGUUACACUCACGCGCUCCUUCCUCGCGCAGAUCAUCGGCCUGCGCGUGCACUACAAGGUACUCACGUUACACUCACGCGCUCCUUCCUCGCGCAGAUCAUCGGCCUGCGCGUGCACUACAAGGUACUCACGUUACACUCACGCGCUCCUUCCUCGCGCAGAUCAUCGGCCUGCGCGUGCACUACAAGGUACUCACGUUACACUCACGCGCUCCUUCCUCGCGCAGAUCAUCGGCCUGCGCGUGCACUACAAGGUACUCACGUUACACUCACGCGCUCCUUCCUCGCGCAGAUCAUCGGCCUGCGCGUGCACUACAAGGUACUCACGUUACACUCACGCGCUCCUUCCUCGCGCAGAUCAUCGGCCUGCGCGUGCACUACAAGGUACUCACGUUACACUCACGCGCUCCUUCCUCGCGCAGAUCAUCGGCCUGCGCGUGCACUACAAGGUACUCACGUUACACUCACGCGCUCCUUCCUCGCGCAGAUCAUCGGCCUGCGCGUGCACUACAAGGUACUCACGUUACACUCACGCGCUCCUUCCUCGCGCAGAUCAUCGGCCUGCGCGUGCACUACAAGGUACUCACGUUACACUCACGCGCUCCUUCCUCGCGCAGAUCAUCGGCCUGCGCGUGCACUACAAGGUACUCACGUUACACUCACGCGCUCCUUCCUCGCGCAGAUCAUCGGCCUGCGCGUGCACUACAAGGUACUCACGUUACACUCACGCGCUCCUUCCUCGCGCAGAUCAUCGGCCUGCGCGUGCACUACAAGGUACUCACGUUACACUCACGCGCUCCUUCCUCGCGCAGAUCAUCGGCCUGCGCGUGCACUACAAGGUACUCACGUUACACUCACGCGCUCCUUCCUCGCGCAGAUCAUCGGCCUGCGCGUGCACUACAAGGUACUCACGUUACACUCACGCGCUCCUUCCUCGCGCAGAUCAUCGGCCUGCGCGUGCACUACAAGGUACUCACGUUACACUCACGCGCUCCUUCCUCGCGCAGAUCAUCGGCCUGCGCGUGCACUACAAGGUACUCACGUUACACUCACGCGCUCCUUCCUCGCGCAGAUCAUCGGCCUGCGCGUGCACUACAAGGUACUCACGUUACACUCACGCGCUCCUUCCUCGCGCAGAUCAUCGGCCUGCGCGUGCACUACAAGGUACUCACGUUACACUCACGCGCUCCUUCCUCGCGCAGAUCAUCGGCCUGCGCGUGCACUACAAGGUACUCACGUUACACUCACGCGCUCCUUCCUCGCGCAGAUCAUCGGCCUGCGCGUGCACUACAAGGUACUCACGUUACACUCACGCGCUCCUUCCUCGCGCAGAUCAUCGGCCUGCGCGUGCACUACAAGGUACUCACGUUACACUCACGCGCUCCUUCCUCGCGCAGAUCAUCGGCCUGCGCGUGCACUACAAGGUACUCACGUUACACUCACGCGCUCCUUCCUCGCGCAGAUCAUCGGCCUGCGCGUGCACUACAAGGUACUCACGUUACACUCACGCGCUCCUUCCUCGCGCAGAUCAUCGGCCUGCGCGUGCACUACAAGGUACUCACGUUACACUCACGCGCUCCUUCCUCGCGCAGAUCAUCGGCCUGCGCGUGCACUACAAGGUACUCACGUUACACUCACGCGCUCCUUCCUCGCGCAGAUCAUCGGCCUGCGCGUGCACUACAAGGUACUCACGUUACACUCACGCGCUCCUUCCUCGCGCAGAUCAUCGGCCUGCGCGUGCACUACAAGGUACUCACGUUACACUCACGCGCUCCUUCCUCGCGCAGAUCAUCGGCCUGCGCGUGCACUACAAGGUACUCACGUUACACUCACGCGCUCCUUCCUCGCGCAGAUCAUCGGCCUGCGCGUGCACUACAAGGUACUCACGUUACACUCACGCGCUCCUUCCUCGCGCAGAUCAUCGGCCUGCGCGUGCACUACAAGGUACUCACGUUACACUCACGCGCUCCUUCCUCGCGCAGAUCAUCGGCCUGCGCGUGCACUACAAGGUACUCACGUUACACUCACGCGCUCCUUCCUCGCGCAGAUCAUCGGCCUGCGCGUGCACUACAAGGUACUCACGUUACACUCACGCGCUCCUUCCUCGCGCAGAUCAUCGGCCUGCGCGUGCACUACAAGGUACUCACGUUACACUCACGCGCUCCUUCCUCGCGCAGAUCAUCGGCCUGCGCGUGCACUACAAGGUACUCACGUUACACUCACGCGCUCCUUCCUCGCGCAGAUCAUCGGCCUGCGCGUGCACUACAAGGUACUCACGUUACACUCACGCGCUCCUUCCUCGCGCAGAUCAUCGGCCUGCGCGUGCACUACAAGGUACUCACGUUACACUCACGCGCUCCUUCCUCGCGCAGAUCAUCGGCCUGCGCGUGCACUACAAGGUACUCACGUUACACUCACGCGCUCCUUCCUCGCGCAGAUCAUCGGCCUGCGCGUGCACUACAAGGUACUCACGUUACACUCACGCGCUCCUUCCUCGCGCAGAUCAUCGGCCUGCGCGUGCACUACAAGGUACUCACGUUACACUCACGCGCUCCUUCCUCGCGCAGAUCAUCGGCCUGCGCGUGCACUACAAGGUACUCACGUUACACUCACGCGCUCCUUCCUCGCGCAGAUCAUCGGCCUGCGCGUGCACUACAAGGUACUCACGUUACACUCACGCGCUCCUUCCUCGCGCAGAUCAUCGGCCUGCGCGUGCACUACAAGUACUUCGAACAAGAUGACCCGGAGCUGUACCUGUCUAAGAUCAAGUACGUGUUGGAGACAGACCUGGACAGCUCAGAGGGAGUGCCGGAGCUGUACUUCGCGGAGGACGUAUACGACUCUAACGGGAGGCUGCGGGAGACUCACGACCUCAUACCUAAUGGGAGCACCAUACGGGUCCGCAACAGCACCAAGAUCUCGUACCUGGACGCGCUGGCGCAGUGGCGGCUGGCGGCGCGCGUGCGCGCGGAGACCGACGCCUUCCUGCGCGGCCUCACGCUGCUCGUGCCCGACAACCUGCUCGCCAUCUUCGACGAGAACGAGCUGGAGCUGCUGGUGUGCGGCACGGGCGAGGUGUCGGUGGCGGACUGGCGCGCGCACGCGCUGGUGUCGGGCGCGGGACGCGAGUGGGAGCGACUGCUCGGCUGGCUGUGGGCGGCGCUGGCCAACUUCAGCACGGAGGAGCGUGCGCGUCUGCUGCAGUUCACCACGGGCUGCUCGCAGCUGCCCCCCGGCGGCUUCCAGGACCUCAACCCGCGCUUUCAGAUCACGCCCGCGCCCACCUUCGGCGCGCUGCCCACGGCCCACACCUGCUUCAACCAGCUCUGCCUGCCCGACUACGACAGCUACGAGCAGCUCGUGCACGCACUGCUCUGGGCCAUCAACGAGGGCGGCGAGGGCUUCGGCAUGAUAUAG